ACUUCAGAUUCUUUUGGCGAGCUGGACCUCCAUCCGCACCUGAUAUCCACAUUAACCACUGUCUUGAAGAUAUGUAGCAUGACCAGUGUUCAGAAGCAAACGAUUCCUGUGCUGAUGCAAGGCAAAGAUGCUUUAGUGAGAUCUCAGACCGGUUCAGGUAAAACUCUUGCCUAUGGGAUUCCACUUGUACAGUCUUUGCAAGGGGUGAAACCCAAAAUACAGCGCAGCGAUGGGCCUUAUGCACUUGUCUUAGUCCCAACAAGAGAGCUAGCACUCCAGAGCUUUGAAACCAUGCAGAAGCUCCUCAAGCCAUUUACCUGGAUUGUGCCUGGAGUGCUAAUGGGGGGAGAAAAAAGAAAAUCAGAAAAAGCCAGGUUACGUAAAGGGAUAAAUAUCCUUAUUUCAACUCCCGGUCGCCUGGUUGAUCAUAUCAAGUCUACAGAAUGUAUUCAUUUUCGUCGCACUCAGUGGCUAAUUAUUGAUGAAGCAGACAGGAUCCUGGACCUGGGCUUUGAGAAGGAUAUUGCUGUGAUACUCAAUGCUCUAAAUGCCGAGAGAGAAACACGCCAGAACGUCCUGCUCUCAGCCACUCUCACAGAAGGAGUAACACGGCUGGCUGAUAUCAGUUUGAAUGAUCCCGUCAGCAUUUUGAUAGCAGAUAAAAUCCAGGACAGGCUCCAACCUGCAUCACAAGAAGGUAAAGAAGCCAUUAGUUCAUCAGCCUUCAUGGACCAGGAAAACUUUGCUGUUCCAGAGAAGCUGAAGCAGUAUUUCCUAAUGGUCCCCAGCAAACUGAGGCUUGUCACUCUGGCAGCUUUUAUCCUUGAGAAGUGCAAGUUUGAAAAACGCAAUAAGAUGAUUAUCUUUUUCUCCAGUUGUGAACAAGUGGAAUUCCACUAUAAGCUUCUCCUAACAGUCCUUUCAGGAGGUCCAGAAUCUGAACAACAUGAACAUUCAUCUGUCUGCUCUACACACCUCCAGUUUCUACGACUGCACGGCAGCAUGGAACAGGAAGAAAGAACUGAAGUAUUCCAGGAGUUUCUAAAAUCCAAGACUGGCAUCUUGCUUUGCACUGAUGUUGCAGCACGUGGACUAGACCUGCCUCAAGUUACGUGGAUCGUACAGUAUAACGCUCCGGCUUCACCUGCGGAAUACAUCCACCGGAUUGGGAGGACGGCUCGCAUUGGCUGUCACGGGAACAGCCUGCUUGUCCUGGCGCCUUCGGAGGCAGAAUAUGUCAGCUUGCUGGCUUCUCACAAGAUUAAUGUCUCAGAGAUAAAGAUGGAGAAGGUGCUAUCCAGCCUGAUGAAAGAUAAUCGCUUCAAAUUACCCAGAUCAGGAAACAAGAAACCCUGUGGCGCAGACCCUCAGCAAGUCCGGGAGCGGGCCACGGUCCUGCAGACGAAAUUUGAGAAUUAUGUCCACUCCAGCGAGGGGACUGUCCGGUGGGCAAAGAAAGCACUGCAGUCUUUCCUUCGUGCCUAUACCACCUACCCCAGAAACCUCAAGCACAUCUUCCACAUCAAGUCUCUCCACCUGGGUCACAUAGCCAAGAGCUUUGGCCUGAGGGACGCCCCUCAGAACCUGAGUGCUCUUCCAAAUGCUGGCUCCAAGAAGAAGAUCAAAGCAAGACAAAAAAGAGCCUGCUUGGGGAAGGUGAGAUGGGAAGCCCUGGCAGCCAGGUCUGACCUUCCCAAAGGCAAACGUGGCAAGACCCAUGGCAAGCGUGGCCUCGCUGAGAUCUUGCGCUCCGAAUAUUCCAGUGGGAUGGACACUGGGGUAUCCAAGGUCAAGAAGAAGAAAAAACAGAGAAAACCUGGCAACCAGGAGAAUCCAACAUAA